CCCCGGCUGUCAUCUGUGGCCCCCGGCGCUCCGGCAGGGGUGGCCGUGGCCAUUGGCGGAGAGGCAGGCAGGGCGGGUCGUCGCGAGUCGCUGCGGGCUAGGCUAAGCGGGUGGAGGCCGGCAGCCGGCCGGGGAGGCACGGUCUAGGCUGCUGCACACCGACCUGGCCAUGGCAGCGGCACCCCUGAAAGUGUGCAUCGUGGGCUCUGGGAACUGGGGUUCAGCUGUUGCAAAAAUAAUUGGUAAUAAUGUCAAGAAACUGCAGAAGUUUGCCUCCACAGUCAAGAUGUGGGUCUUUGAGGAAACAGUCAAUGGGAGAAAACUGACAGACAUCAUAAAUAAUGACCACGAAAAUGUAAAAUAUCUCCCUGGACACAAGCUGCCAGAAAAUGUGGUUGCCGUCUCCAAUCUCAGCGAGGCCGUGCAGGAUGCAGACCUGCUGGUGUUUGUCAUCCCCCACCAGUUCAUUCACAAAAUCUGCGAUGAGAUCACCGGCAGAGUGCCCAAGAAAGCCCUGGGGAUCACCCUCAUCAAGGGCAUAGACGAGGGCCCUGAGGGACUGAAACUCAUUUCUGACAUCAUCCGUGAGAAGAUGGGCAUUGACAUCAGCGUGCUGAUGGGCGCCAACAUUGCCAGCGAGGUGGCUGCGGAGAAGUUCUGUGAGACCACCAUUGGUAGCAAAGUCAUGGAGAACGGCCUUCUCUUCAAAGAACUUCUGCAAACUCCCAAUUUUCGAAUAACGGUGGUUGAUGAUGCAGAUACUGUUGAACUUUGUGGUGCUCUUAAGAACAUCGUAGCCGUGGGAGCCGGGUUCUGCGAUGGCCUCCGCUGUGGAGACAACACCAAAGCCGCCGUCAUCCGCCUGGGCCUCAUGGAAAUGAUCGCUUUCGCCAGGAUCUUCUGCAAGGGCCAGGUGUCCACAGCCACCUUCCUGGAGAGCUGCGGGGUGGCCGACCUGAUCACCACCUGCUACGGAGGGAGGAACCGCAGGGUGGCAGAAGCGUUUGCCAGAACUGGGAAGACCAUUGAAGAAUUGGAGAAGGAGAUGCUGAAUGGACAGAAGCUCCAAGGACCUCAGACUUCUGCUGAGGUAUACCGCAUCCUCAAGCAGAAGGGACUCCUAGACAAGUUUCCGUUGUUUACCGCGGUGUAUCAGAUCUGCUACGAAGGCCGACCUGUCUCAGAGAUGCUGUCCUGUCUCCAGAGCCAUCCAGAGCACAUCUAAAAGGGAAUCACAUAACGGGCUGGGGAAAGUUCUGCCUCUCCCAUCAGUCUUUGGGUUCAUAUGGAAAUCAGCACUUGGCAAUGAGAUGUUUGCUUGGUCGUGCCCCUAUCAUGGACAUAUAUGAAUUGUUACAGGUUCAAUUUUGAAUUAUGAGAGGCAGUUCAUUGGCUAAGCCGUACAGGGCAACAACUAAACACACAUGUGCACGUGUGUGUUCAUUUCUCAUUCUGUGGGUUUCUACGAAUCAAAAUUAUAUGUCCUUUUUAAAGAUCGCAUUUGAAAUUUCCCCACUGUGGUACCCUGUAAGAUUGGAACUAUCUCAGCUAAAUUUUUUAGACAUAAUUCAUAUGUAUUUGAGUGGAUGGAUUAUUUUUUUCUCAUUCUUUUGAUGAUAAAUUUAACCAGCAUUAAAAUGGUAGGUAGGAAGAGGGGAGGGAGUGUGUUCAAAGAUCACCGUAUUAACUUUUAAACACUAUCUCAAGCCAGCAUAAUUAACUUACUUUGAUUAUGGGUUGGUGGUUUUUUUUUAAGCAAUUAGAUACUGUCAAUUAGAUACUACACUUAUAUACUUCCCUCUUGCUGCAGUUUUCUGAAUUUUUAGCCUCCUUUCUCUUCAUUAGCUGCCAGAAUGUGCUUUUGUAAAGACUCAACAGUGGCAGAAGACAGAAAACCCACCUGGGAUUUUCCUGCUGUGACUGACAUUCUUCUGAUUAACAGACACUACCUACCUGUGCUAGGUAGUGCUUUUUUGCAAACAUUUCUUUUAAGCCUCACAAGAUCCCCUGAGAGGGGGCUGCUGUUAGUCCUCCUAUAAGAUGCAGUUGCUGUACCCUGUCAUCUGGGUGUGCGGGGACAGAGCCAAGAGUGAAGUGCAGCACUCUCCACUGGCCAACGUGCGGGACCUUCUAAGAUAGCACUGGGCUCAUCUGGCCUCGGGUGAAUUGGUCGUGGCUAGUGUCACAUGCAGUCUUUCCUGAGGCCACAGGAGGACUUCCUGCCACUGAGAUGAGUGUGGGUCAGGGUAUUGAUGGCUGUCACUCCAGGUAUGGUCCUCAGUCCAGCAGCAUCUGCUUCACUCUUCAGAAUGCAGUUUCCCAGGUCCUGCCCUAGACUCCUGAGUGCUGUCUCUGCUUCAGCACGCCUUCUGUGUGUUUCUGAUGCUCACUCCAAUUUGAGAAUCACUACUUUCGAAAAUUUACUUCAUCCUGGUCUUCCACACAGUGUGUUCCACAGGAAGCGAGCGUCCUGGACUCCAGUGGUUGUUCCAGGUGUACAGGAGACUGGGGGAAGCGGCGUAGGUCCAUCCCGCUCGAAGGCGUAGAAUGUAUGUUAGUGUCAGUGGAAGCUGUUUGCUUAACCUGGCAAGUCCCAAACCCAGGAAAGUUUCCAGGGAACCCUGUUGUAGGCUGAGGCGAUCUUAGCUCAAGUGGAUCCUUCACUCCCUGCAAGAAAUUAGCAUGAAUAAACUACCUGUGGUAUUGUGAGUUCUGAACUUUUGCAGUUCAGGUCAGCCAUGAAUCUCUGAUGAAGCUUUAAGGUGAUAUUGUCGAGUACAACCAAGUAGAUGUCAGCCUCGCUGAAACGCACAUUAUGUGGGAUAAGUGCUUUUAAUUCUAGAAUUAGAAUGGAAUGACUGUACCCCUUAAAAUGAGAUUGGUUUGAGAAUACCAUUCCACAAUUACCUUAUAUAGCAUUCCAUAAGUAUUAAAAGAUCAUAUGAAUGUCAUUUAUAUAUUCAUGAACUUUUAUUUACUUGGUGAGAUUUUUGCCCCCACCCCUACCCCAGCCCUGGUUUGAGGUUUUUUUGUUUUUUUUUUUUUUUCCUUUCUUCUAUAACUGAAAUAAUUGUGGAAUUGAUUUUUGUGGGAAUUUUAAAAACUAUCUAUAACAUUUCUGAGGCCUUUUAAAGCCUCAUACAUAGAAGUCCAUGAAAGCGCACAGGAUGCUACAGGUUUCAGCAGUUUUGGUGCCACUGUUAAAUUAAUUUUGGGGUCUCCUGAUAAAUCUUUUUUAAAGUUUGUACAUAGGUAACAAAGAGUUACUAUUUAAGAUAUAAAAAGGGCUGAAGCUAAUUGUGGUGUCUACUAAGUAGGAUCCAGUGCUGGGAGGAAUUGGGAUUUUGUGUUUUCCCAUCUGCACUCAGCCUCCUCCUCUGGGUUUUGAACCUGAAUAUAUUUUCUCUCCAAAUACCCUCUUACUGGACCUGGGUGCAAUAGCACACACCUGUAAUCCCAGUGGCUCUGGAGGCUGAGGCAGGAGGAUUUCAAGUUCAAAACCAGCCUCAGCACUUAGUGAGGCCCUAAGCAACUUAGCAGACCCUGUCUCAAAAUAAAAUAUAUAAAAAGGGCUGGGGAUGUGUCUCACUGGUUAAGCACCCCUGGGUUCACUCCCUGGUACCAAAAAAAAAAAAAAAUCCCCUCUGACCACCUGAAUUCUGCUGACUGUACCUCUCAAACAUACUUAUAAUAAUCUGCACAUUAUGGGAGAAGGUAAAUUUUAUAAGUUUAUGCUCUGCUAAUUAUAGAUAUUUAUUACUCUACGAGUCAUCUAUUUUUGUAACCACCUGUGGUCCGUCAUGUAUUUUAAUUCACACUUCUUACUAAUGAUGGUGAUAGGGAGGGAGACACCGAGAUUAGAAAGGUAAUUUGUACUAUUUCAGCCAAUCUGUGAAUGUAAAAACUACCCUGUUGCCUUGCUGUGGUCCACCCUGCCUGGUGUGGAGCAGAUGCCUGUCUUGACACCCACCCUCGGGAAGCAGUGGAGCUAACUUUCUGGUUCUUUCAUUUCACUCUGAAAUCCAGCAUAGCCCUGUGGCAGUGGCCCACGGAGGGUGUCGUGGCAAGGUGCCAGUGUGCAAAGGGAACUUUAGUUUUUCCACUGGUUCUGAUUUGCUGCCCAUUUACUUACACGUGUACUGUAUUUGUUUACAGACUGUAGGUGGAUGUAUAAUUUAAAGCUUGGUUGAAUAAACAUUUAACCCCUCCAAA